GUCCGAGCUAGCUCGGGGUCAUAAGGGUGCUAGCCUAAUAGACUCGUCCAAAACCUUCUUAAUUUUACAUUGCCGCGAUGGUAACGCGAUGGAUAAUCAAUCAAUCAUGCAUGGAUUGAUAAACGCGGCUGAAUCUAUCAAAAGAGAGCAGCUGCAGAAUGAACAGACACUAUGCCCUCAACUUCACCAUGACCCUCCUACCCUGCGCUGUCCUCUUCUGCGUUCCAUUUGUUGUCGCUUCACUCCCAAGUCCCAACGAUAUCUAUAUCCUUACACUCGAUGCCAGCGACUUUUCAUCCUGCAACACCAGGACCUUGUGGGACAUUCUCUUGAGCUGUUGGUUAACUUUGUUUGCGUGCACCUGGACUGCCAUCCAUCCGGACAUUCCGCGCAUGGGCGAGGGGAAAGUUGCUAUUACCUUUCGUCGUCUACUCCUCAUGGUCAUGGCGCUGCUCGGCCCUGAAUUCGUGAUCUCCUGGGCCGCAUGGCAGUUUUUAUGUGCUCGUCAAGUCACAAAGGACUUCAAUGAUGCCUUCGGCGCGCAACACGCCAAGCCCCAUGGCGACCAUCGAGCCGUGCAGCAGAACGAGCCGGCAAUUUUGUUACUUGACGACAUCUCAGAUUCAAGCAAAAUUUCAAGCGCAGGAUGGACACUGACUCACGGGUUCUUCGCCUGGAUGGGUGGAUUCAUGCUCUACGUCGAUGGUAAGCCGCGGGCCACUCUCACACCCGAUGAACUCCUGCAGUUUGUUCGUGAGGGAUCUGUGGAGAUGCCUGUCAUCACAGAGGCAGACAUAGAAGAUCGAAGUAAGGGCGAUGUGCUAUCCAAAUCGGUCGCCAUUCUUCAGCUGGUGUGGUUCAUCAUCGCCCGCUACGCCCAGCACCUCCCAGUAACACUGCCUGAAAUUGACACCCUCGGUAUAGCCGCUCUGACCUGCAUUGCCUAUGGCUUGUGGUGGAAGAAGCCGAAGGACGUAGGACGUCCUUAUAUUGUUCAUUGGAACUCGGGGACAACUACUCCUCCACCACGUGACAGCUUAGCCAACGACAAAGGACAUAGCGCAUUGCUAAUCCUUCGGUCUCUACUACUUGACCACAGGUCCGGGAUUCGAUGGUCUAGUGGCCUGACUCGGGGACAGAUCAUAAUCACCAUUAUUGGAGGCAUUAGUGGGGUGCUGUUCGGAGGAAUACAUUGCCUGGGCUGGAAUUUCUUGUUUCCGAUACACACAGAGCAGACAUUGUGGCGUGUGGCUUCCAUUGCGAUAGCAUAUUCAUUUGGAGUGAUUUUGUCGUCCUAUUUUAUGGAAAGGCUGUCGAUACGCUUUAUGCGGCGCCGUUCUGUGGAGUCUCAGAGAUAUGGAAUUUUCACCCUAAUGAUCUAUUACAUUUCUGCACGUCUUACUCUAAUUGUACUUAUGAUGCUGAGCUUACGAUCACUACCUCCUGGUGCAUACGACACAGUAGCUUGGACAAGUUUUUUUCCACAUGCAAAUUUAUAGUUUUAUUGCAUUGCUGUAACAGACUCGUAUGGUAGCUUGCCUGAGUCUUUGUCGAUCGCUGUUGAAAUCGGAAGUGCAAGCA